UCGGCACACGUGUUUCCGCAGUCUUCCUGCUCACACCUGCGACACACCUGCGGCUGCUGCAUCACAACCACCACAGACUCCUGCGUCACACAGGUGAGGGUGGAGGUCAGUCCUUUCGUCGGGUCAUCAUGCCUAAGUUUCAAAAGUUUGUGAAAUCUUCAGCAGAAGGAGGAGCAGGACGCGACUCCUCAUUAGUUACUCUCAAGACUCGCCCUGUUACUCGCAUUAUCACUACCACCAAUACUCCCACCUCCAAAAGCACCAACAGUGCUAGAGUUAACAAUAGGAGCACUAGUACCUCCUGCAGCACCACCACCACAACCACCAAUAGCAGACCUGUGGUAAAAGUCUCAACUACAGUGAUAACAACAAACAACAGUAAAAAUAGCAGCAAUAAUAGCUGUAGCAGUAGUGUUAGCAAUAACAGUGGAAUCGGAGAAGAAGUCAGCAAAGUAGCAGGUGGUCUGAUCUUGCCAGAGAACGCCGUGGAGGUGCAUUUCUUCCCUGACUCUGAGAGUAACAUCACACGCAUCCCAGGGCGUGGAGAUAUCAUCCAGCUUCGACAUCACGGUCGAGUUAUCACUCUUCCAGUAGUCACCGCCGCUUCCAGUGUUGACAAAACAAACACCCAGAACGACAGCCUCACUUACACGUACAAGAACAGCGCCCCUCAGGACGCUCCUGUGGACUUUAGCCCCGGGGGACCUCGAGGGGAUCCUCUACUGGCCAGGACCGCCCCUGUGGUGCCGUCCUCGCCCUCCCCAGCGGGGAAUAUAUCAGUGGACUCGGGCGUCCUGGAUAUCUCCGGUGGUAGCAGCAGUGAGAGUCUGGGGCUGCCGUCCUCGGAGCUCUUCCGCAGCGAGGACACCAUCGGCAGUAGCGACCUGACCCCCAUCACCGCCGCCAAGCUGCCAAGCAUCGAGAGCGCCUUCAGCAGGGUCGGAGAGGCGUUCCGGGGACCUGAUCCCCUCACUUCGUUGUCCUCUGACCCUCCACCAGCACACUCCUUCGAUCCCCCGCCCUCCUACACCACACUCAGGACUGUGACAUCAUCAGUGUACAUCCCACCUUACCCAGGACAGCCACCCACCAUGCAGCCCUCCCCGCCCACAGCUUCCAGCCUGUCUUACGGCCACGAGCCGCUAUACAUGGACAGUGUUGGCGGCCUGGGCCCCUACCAGACCAUCAGUCCGCCCACAACGCUGCUGACGCCCCCAGACUCCGUUCAUAGCCACAUCAUGCCAGCCCUACAUACCUACUCCCAAGAGUACGCCCUCAGGUACGCUGAGCAGAGUGGUGUGGGAGGCGGGUCUGGGAGCCUGCCAGGCUACCCACACACCAGCAUGGCCGGCUGCUCCUUGCCCAGGUCUCUCUCUCGUUCCCAUCUUCCUGUCGUCACCUCCACCUGCACCAGUGUGAGCAGUAUACUGGGUGAGGAUAUACAACCUCGCUCUGGUCCAGGUUCCAGGGGCGGCAGGGGGCGCUCACAGCGUGUCCACGAGAAGCUCUCCAGGGAAGAUUACAAGAAGUCUGCGUGUGACCGGGAGAGAACUAGAAUGAGAGACAUGAACAACGCCUUCGACUUACUGCGUGAGAGGCUGCCCUUCUGCAAGCCACCAGGCAAGAAGUGCAACAAGAUCGACAGUCUCAGUGGAAGAGAUCGCUUCCCUUCUAAGCUGGAGACUCUGAGGUUAGCUAUCCGUUACAUCAGACACCUGGUCAACACACUUGCUGUGCCAGUGGACACCAUUUACCCGAACUACGACCCUCCACCUUAUAACGUCACCAAUGUACCUCCCAACUUACGUCUCCAGCACCGUAUCUACUCCCCACAGUCUGUUGCCACCAGCAGUCACUCCUCCACCUUGGCCAUCUACUCAUCGGCGCAUAGCCUUGAGGGUUUAGAGUACCCCUACAUGCCUCAACCCCUCAGCACCUCCCUCUCACAUGACUACUUGAGGGACUCCUUCUGGCAGCCAGAGACUACGCUUUCCGAUUACCAGUAUUGAUUAUUAAUUUUGUAUUUAUGGAAAGUGAUAAAUCAGGUAAUUGGGAUUAAUUCAUGGAAGGAGAGGGUAGCUACAUUUCCUUGAAUGACCACUUGAUCCUUAACCAAAUCACUAUGAUGACCUCCUCUGUUGGGUAUAAAUUGUUAUGUUGACUCAUCAGGAGGUUCAAGUAUUAUAAAUCCAGAAUUGAAUGAUAUAAACUUAAAAAUCUACUGGUUGAAGAAAGAUAUGCUCAGAUAAUUGCCUUCACUACAAUUUCUGAACUUUAAAUCUCUCUUGAUAUCAAGAAGUUCAACAAGUAGGCUACAAUCAAUAGGAAUUGUUUUCAAAGUGGCCUGUUUUUGUAGCCUCUCUAAAAAUUCUCUGGUGUCAAAAUAAUAUAUUGGCACCUGUGUACCCACUGAAUGGAGAUGGAGGCUAAAAGAGCUUCAUUAUUGAGUAUUCUACUAGUCACUAAUAAAGUUAACACUGAUUAUUAGUUCUGUAUAAAAAAUAUUUUAUAUGAUGAACAUCAUGUUAAUUAAUAAGUUAAGUUUUGGAAUUCUUUAAAGCUAACUUAAUGCAAAAAAAUCACUUUCUUUGUAUAUAGAUUGUAUAAAGAAAAAAUAUGAGUUUUCAGUGCCUUACAUUGCUUACAUUUGUCUGUAAGUUAAUAUAGUGUAUAUACUUUAGUGGCAGUUAGUGAAGUUGGUUGAGUUAUUUACUUUCAAGUCUCUUGCCUACACAGUGGUUAUUAAGGCUGCUUAUCACCUGUUCACCUGCAGUCAAGAAUACGUAUAUACCUGUAUCUAUACACAAAGAUACACACCUCAUCAUGUAUAUUAUUAUUAUUAAUAAAAAAGAAGCGCUAAACCUACAAGGGUCACGUCAUGUAUAGAACCUUAUGUUGCCUCAGCGAGAUCUUACCUAUCUAAAUCAAGAGUAGCAGUUUCAAACUUUGACUAGUAUGCCUCUGACAAAUAUCUUACAUAAUAUAAAAUACUUUAGCACUGUAUUUCAUAUUAAAGAUAAAAGGUUAAUUAUUAUGAAGAACAAAAAGGCACAAUACCAUGACUGGAACAAUACACAGAUAACCUGCACAUAGAGAGGAGCUAAUGACAACGUUUCAAUCCGACUUUGACCAUUUACAAAGUCACACUGAAACAUCGUCGUUAACUCCUCUCUCCUGUGUGUUAUUUGUGUAUUAAUUGGUAUUACCAGAGAUAUUUACAAAAUGCAGUGUAUUUCAAUUUUGUAUGUACUGUUGCCAAAAUUAAGCUUUUUACUCGUCUCGGUUUAGCGCUUCUUUUGAUUAUAAUAAUUUUUACUCAUCUAGUCAUGUAUGACCAGUCAGUAUACUUCCUUAUUUUAUCUCAUAAAACCAAAGUGUAUAGACAUUUAACUUACAUACUCUAGUCAGCCUGCAAAGGUUCCAAAUUAGAUUUAACUUCUAAACCUGAGUGGUUUUAUUUACUAAAACUUUGGUACAGUAUAUAUUUUUAUUUGCACAUAUGAUCUAUUAAUGCAAAUGUAAUGUAAUUCCUUGUAAAUUUCCAUGUUUCACCCUCCAUUUGGUGCAAACAAACCUGGUAAAUUAGCAGGAAUAUGAACCAGUUUGUAUCUACUGCUGAAAAAAAAUUUUACACUUAAAAACACUGGACCACAGGUAACUCUUGAAGAACAAUUCCUCAUUUAUGUUUUUUAAAUCUCUUAUGGCAUUACUGAAUCAGAUGGCUUCCAUUUGCAUUAUUAUUAUGGUAAGCAUGUACAAAGUAUAACUUUCAUUUUAUUUACUCAUAUUAUUUAUAAACUUUUGUGUGUUAAUGAUAAUUAAGAUUGUGGACUGAAUAUGAAUGUACAAAACUGACCACUUGUUACAGGGCCACUGUGAACGAAUAAAACUAUAGUCAUAAGUAUUACCACAUGUUUCCAUACAUCAUAUAAAUACUGUAUUUAAAAUAAUUCCAGAAUUUGAUUAUAAAAUUAAUCCAUUAUUAUAAUCAAAAAGAAGUGCUAAACAAUUUAAUCCAUUAAACUUGUAGUAGUAAGGGUAUUGUAUCCAAAAAAUAGCAAAGUUCAAUAAGUGUAUUAAGAUAGCAUGAUCUAUUUCUUUGUAGCUUAAGUAUAUCACAAACCUUUGUAGUGAUUUACCAUCCUAUCACUGAUACUCUCUAUUCAUAUGUAUGUAUGCAUGUAGUAUAUACUGUGUAUGUAAUUAUUGUUGGGUUAUUCAUCCAGAGAAAAUCACCUUCAACUAGUCUUUGCCACAAGGCGACCCGUUCAGUGUUGUCAACCUUAUGGCAAGCCAUGACAAAACAGUUGAAGGGCACUUGCAAAAAAUUUGGCAGCCAGUGGCAUGACGUGGCCACAGCGAUCACUGGCUUACCGGUUCUGGGCUCGACAGUUUGAGUAUGUGCAUGUAAACACCUUCCAUUACUAUACUGCGCUUUGUAACCUGUGUGGGUUUGAAGCAUUUUUGUGAAUAAAAUAUUCCUGUGUAAUUUUUCAGUACUGUACUGUUUACUGGUGUUUGUUUGUUAAUAAAACUGCCAGAAAGUUAUGUAUUAUAUCAAAAUAAAAUCUUAAUUAAAUUGUUUUUAACAAUACAGCAUUAGUACCAUGCUUGAGCUUUCACAUAUUGGUUGACUUGGUUUAGUUGAAAACCUAUCAACUACAACACAGAGAGUAGUAGUCAACAGAGUAAAGUCCGAGGCAGCUACGGUGAAAAGCUGUUCCACAAGGCACAGUACUCGCUCCCAUCUUGUUCCUCAUCCUCAUAUCUGACAUAGACAAGGAUGUCAGCCGCAGCACCAUGUCUUCCUUUGCAGACACCCGAAUCUGCAUGACAGUGUCUUCCAUUGCAGACACUGCAAGGCUCCAGGCGGACAUCAACCAAAUCUUUCAGUGGGCUGCAGAAAACAAUAUGAAGUUCAACGAUGAGAAAUUUCAAUUACUCAGAUAUGGUAAACACGAGGAAAUUAAAUCUUCAUCAGAGUACAAAACAAAUUCUGGCCACAAAAUAGAGCGAAACACCAACGUCAAAGACCUGGGAGUGAUCAUGUCGGAGGAUCUCACCUUCAAGGACCAUAACAUUGUAUCAAUCGCAUCUGCUAGAAAAAUGACAGGAUGGAUAAUGAGAACCUUCAAAACUAGGGAUGCCAAGCCCAUGAUGACACUCUUCAGGUCACUUGUUCUAUCUAGGCUGGAAUAUUGCUGCACACUAACAGCACCUUUCAAGGCAGGUGAAAUUGCUGACCUAGAAAAUGUACAGAGGACCUUCAUGGCACGCAUAAUGGAGAUAAAACACCUCAAUUACUGGGAGCGCUUGAGGUUCCUGAACCUGUAUUCCCUGGAAUGCAGGCGGGAGAGAUACACGAUUAUAUACACCUGGAAAAUCCUGGAGGGACUAGUACCGAACUUGCACACGAAAAUCACUCACUACGAAAGCAAAAGACUUGGCAGAUGAUGCAACAUUCCCCCAAUGAAAAGCAGGGGUGUCACUAGCACGUUAAAGAGACCAUACAAUAAGUGUCAGGGGCCCGAGACCGUUCAACUGCCUCCCAGCAUACAUAAGGGGGAUUACCAACAGACCCCUGGCAGUCUUCAAGCUGGCACUGGACAAGCACCUAAAGUCGGUACCUGACCAGCUGGGCUGUGGCUCGUACGUUGGUUUGCGUGCAGCCAGCAGUAACAACCUGGUUGAUCAGGCUCUGAUCCACCAGGCGGCCUGGUCACAAACUGGGCCGUGGGGGCGUUGACCCCCGGAACUCUCUCCAGGUAAACAAGUUUUAUUUACAUUUUGUCAAAUGCACACCAGCAGCCAAGAAUGCUUAAAUUCUUAAAAUAGGGAUUAAAGUAAACUAGACAUAAUAUAUACAGAGGCUAUAUCUGUGUAUAGCAGUGCCGUAUGAUCCUAGUACGUUUAGUGCUGCUUUUUUAUUAUAACUAAUAAUAAUGUGUAUACGUAUGAGUCAGGCAUAAUUCUCACCACCUAUUGUAAGGUAACCAAGCAUCAGAGAAAGGAGCACAAAAAAACCACCACUGUAAGACCCUCAGUAUCUGGGGUCAAACCUUGCCACCAUUAUUAUUAUAAUCAUGGGGAAGUGCUAAACCCAUAGGAUUAUAUAGCACAUGUGGGGGGGGGGGGGAAUGGAAGGUAUUCAUGCUCAAUUCAGGGAACUGGAACACAGAUCCAAUUCCCUAGAUCAAGAACCCCUCACCAGCAUCAAGGAACCUCCCUCAAGGGGGACCUUGCCACCAGAAUAAGGAAACCAGUGUCAGGAGCACAAUAACCCCAUCACUUCCCAUAUUCAUUGGGAAUCACUAAAUCUACUGGGGAUCACAAAAUUUCUCGUCCACAAAUUGCUAGAGAAGAUUAACGAAGGUGUCCACCUGUGGAAAGUUGGAGUAGAAGUGUCCAGAAGGAGUCAACAUAUUCGAUGG